AUGGUACUAGCGUCAAUGCCCGUCGUCUUGCGCUUCCUUCAAUGGAAGACUGAUAUUCCAGUUUAUAUUUCUGAAGAUCUUAACAAGAAGAUUUGGAGUCGUGGUAAUUUUGGAGCCAUGGGUCGAAUUAGAGUGCGUGUUGAGAAGGCGAAUUGCUUGUCAAAUCCAGAACAGAGAUGUCUGAGAGUUUCACUAGUUGAAGUUAGCUCAUUCAAGAAUUUGAAAGAUGCCGUAGUGGCAGCUGAUGAAUAA